CUCGCCCCGCCCGAGUCGCCCCUUCCGCGGCCGCAGCCCCGCGGCCGCCGCCGGUGACAGCGAGCGGAGCUGAUCGAGCCGAGCCGAGCCGAGCGAGGUUUUCUUUGCCUUAUUUCCCACAUGAUGGAACAAAUCUGUUCUUGACCAGCAUGGAUAUGUAGACCUUUUCAAGAUGGUUAAAAACUGUGGUGAAGAACCAAGUGGAAUGGCAAGAGGAAGAAUCCACUUCUGCUGAUGUUUGAUUGCUAUGCUGGGAGGUAUGGUUUCCUGACAGAAGAGUGGAUUAUAUUUUGUAACAGCAGAUCUUUAUUAAAUGUGCCAUCAGUGGUGGUUUUGGAAAGAUGAGAAGACACCUAUUGCAGAACAAUUCCGUGAAGCUGAAAAUGUCUGGUAUUUCUGUUAUAUCUAUCCCAGUUAUGAGAGCUUUUUUUGGGACUUUUGAACCUGGUGCUGUCAACCUCAUGUGAACAAACCAAAACAAAAAGCACGCUGUUUUUUAGACAACAAAAUGCCACGGAGAAGGAAAACUGGUGGGAGUCCUUCUCAGAAGAAUGGCAAUUCUGACAGAUCUGCUCUUGCUGUAUCCCAAGGGGACCCAAGCCACUCAAUGUCUCAAGCAGUGCAUUAUGUCAAUAAGGAAGAGCUUUUCAACAGCAUGUCAGAGAUGUUUUCUAUUCUAGAUCCUAGUGUGGUUUACAUGGUUCUGUCUGAAUGCGAUUUUAAAGUAGAAAAUGCUAUGGAUCAUCUUCUAGAGCUGUCCACCCAUGCCAAAGGAGUAGCAUCUUCAAAAACCUUGGGUUUUGAUUCAGCAGCAGCAUCAUUAGCUCUUGUUAAUCAGCAAAGAUCUGUUGCAAAUGAAAGAAUGGGGGAAAGUACUGCAGAACAAAGUAAACCUGGAGAAGCCAUAGAAAAUGUCCUGUCAUCUGAUGUGCAGCUGACUGAAGAACUGGAUUCCUUAAUAGAAAAUGCCUUUCAGAGUUACAGCUUGAGUGAUGAAUUACCUAAUUCUGCAAAUGACCAAACAGUACAUAAGCACACUGUGGAACACCAUGGCUUAAUUGAAUUUCCCGAGUGGGGAAAAUCUGAUUCAGCCCUACUUUUUCCACAGCAAACAGAGACAAAUAGUGAGGUUUUAGAAAACUUCUGUUUUCAGCCACCAAUGAGUCAGCUGAGCAUCCAGACAAGCUCACCAGCUGCAUCAGACACUUUUACACAGAUAAUGGAAGAUUCUGAUGCGUUGGAAAUACAUGAUCAACAUGAGGUAUCUUCAGAAGUGUAUAAACUAUCAAAUGGAGAAAUAUGUGAAAAUUCUGAUCAGGCACAAGAUAGUGUUUUGGAUCAAAGUGGUGUCACUGCUGUUCCUGGUGAGUCCUCCCAAAGCCCUCUGGAACUUGGAGUAGCUGUCACUGGAGAUCCUAGUUCAAGGUGCCAGGAACAGCACAAAGAAGUAGUGACUGUCUUUAACAGCUACCAGAGCCCUUCUCUUCCAGAGGCAUGUGUCUCUCUUGAAACAUCCAGUUUGGAAACACAAAAACCUGCAGAUGUUCAGCAAACCCAGCUGGCUUAUAACUUAAAUUCUUCUACACCAUCAGGUCAAUCACAACAACAGUGGAAUCUCAUGGCUCCUGUGUUUUAUCCAUCCAGUAGAAGUCAUAGCUUUGUAGUCCCUGUGGUUGCCAGUCCAGGGCAGUGGAGACCUGGUUCAGACUACAGGGCUUCGGAAAAAGGACUUUUUGUUUCCUCCCCAGUGGUUUCAAGUGCCUGGGAUAGCAACCCUUCUCUGAAGGUAUGGGGAAAUCAAGAUAGAAACUCAAAAUUGAACCUCUCGCAAGUACAGCAACCUCGUGUUUGUCCCAUGAUGAGAAAAAAGAUGCAUCUUAUAGGUCAAGUACUUGUUCUUCUCAGAGGUGUUCCAGGAUCAGGAAAAUCAUAUUUGGCAAGGAAUUUGCUUGAGGAUAACCCAGGUGGAAUCAUUCUUAGUACUGAUGAUUACUUUAAUAAAAAUGGACAAUACCAUUAUGAUCCCAAUUGCUUAGGGGAAGCACAUGACUGGAACAGGAAACGAGCCAAAGAAGCGUUUGAAAUGGGAAUCUCUCCUAUAAUAAUAGACAACACAAACAUACAAGCAUGGGAGAUGAAACCUUAUGUUAUUUUGGCUCAGCAGUUCAAAUAUGAAGUAAUUUUCCGAGAACCAGACACUUGGUGGAAGUUUAAACCAAAAGAACUUGAAAGACGAAACAUUCAUGGUGUAUCUAAAGAAAAGAUCAAAAGAAUGUUGGAACGAUACGAACGCUGCCUUACUGUUAGAUCAAUACUGGAUUCUUCAGUUCCAGACAAAUCAGAAGCUGCUGGUUGGAGUGAAGAUCCUUUUCAGGAGGAAAGCCAUAGAAAGAGAGAGGCGCAUUCUGAUGCAAAGGAAGAACCACCUUUUGCUUCUGAUGUGGAGCCUCUUGAAUUAGCUGAAGUUGAUAAAACUUCUCCCAGUACUUCUCUAACAUUAGAAAGUAGCUGUGAUCCUGAACAUUUUCAGCAAGAGGAAAAAGAAAUGGAAAAUAACUCAGUGGGACACAAUUCUGAGAACAGCGCUGUUCAAGAUGAAUUGGAAGUCUGUUUAUCAGAGUGCAUCGAAAAAGAGCUGCCCUUGGAGAAGAAAGAAGAAAAGGGAGAAAAAGCAGAAAAAAAUCCUGAAACAGAAAUAGAUGAAGUUGCUGUGAUCACAGCUGAAGAGACUGUGCAUACAGGAGGAGCUGAGGAACACAGUGAUAACAACACUGUCAGUGUGCAAACUGCAGUUGAACAAUCGGGUUCCGUAUGUGUGGAACCAAAAUCAACACAAACUAGUAACACAGUGGAACCAAGCAGUUCAGCUGCUGACACAUCAGGAAAACCCGAACUACUGAAUUUCCUGGGUGACUGGCCUGUAGAACAAACAAUGGGACAGAGAGUCAAAAGAUCUAGAAGACUAGAAAAAUCUUCUCUGAAGAGUGAUAAGGAAGGUGAAACUCAAAGUCGGCAGCAUACUGAGAUAGGUAAAGAGCAAGUGGGCCUGCCUGAGACAUGUAGUGUUGAGAAAGGACAUGAGGAAGAAAAUCUAGACUCUAGCUGCUCCUCUGUUAGUUCAGAUAAAGUUACACUGGAAUUGGAAAUGGGAGGACAUUGGCCUAUCUCAGCCUCAUUAGAACAGAGACAACAAAGGUCAAGGAGAAUGAGAACGACAAAUCAGUCCGAUGAAGGUAGAAAUACUGAAGGUGACAUUGACAUAAAUGCUCUUGAGACUGUAGAUGUGCUUUGUGGGACACCUGCAGAGCAACCAGAUAUAAAGAGUUUUCCUCUGCACCAAGAUGAAAUAGUAGCCAGUGAAACAGUAGGUGAGGAAAAAAGCCAGCAAAAUAAGAGAACAAAGAAGCAUCACAGGUUAGCCCUCACUUUUACAAACAACAUUUUGCCCCAUCCCAAAGAAGAGGACCUCUUGUCUAACCUUAACGCAACAGAAGAGAAACAGGACACAUGCUUAUGUAGACAAAAAAGCAGCUAUUCACAGACUGAAUCACAGGACUUUGCUCUUCUGUGGAGAUUAGAAAAGAAAAUGCUUUUUCCUGAGACUGCCAAAGUAUUGCAUGGCAGACUAGAUGGCUUCAAACCCAAACACAUAGAUAAUGCCUCAGAUUCUCAGGAAAAAAUACCGUAUCGAGUUACGUAUGAUAAAAGUACAUUUGUAGAAGAAAGUGAACUUACCAGUAUUGAUGACUCUGAAAAGCUGGAUACGCUGUGUAAGCUUUUUGAGUCUGUUUCAUUUGAAGCUCUGAAAGAUCUCUAUGAAAGAUGUAACAAAGACAUAGACUGGGCCACAGGUUUGCUGUUAGACUCUGAAGAAAAGCUGUGCAAAGCUGUUGAUACCGAAUGCUUUCAAGUGAGAGAAGUUGAGCCAGUUGACGCAGACCUUGAUUUCAAGGCAAGUACAAACUAUGAUGAGAAUCUCAAAGACAGUGAACAAACGACACAAGUAAUUGGGGCUGGUGGUAUCUCUGAGGCUUCAGAAGACAAGAACUCAUCACUCAGCAUUGCAGAAAGUAGGGCUGCCAAGGCAGUUGUGACAGAUGCUGAUGUGUCUGACUCAUUCACUGCUACCUCACUGAAUGAUUCAGGGGAACUGAAAAAUUCCACGGAUGCAGCCCGUAGAACUGACACAUGCAACUCAGCAGCUGGUGUCACUGAGCUGUCCACUUCAGGAAAGCAAACUGUAGAGUCCGAGAGGCUUGUUGAAGAAACUGUAAAUAAGCCAUCACUUUUACAACUUGAUGCAGGCUUCUGUACUGAAUUAAAUGAUGAAAGUGACAUUAAUCCUUCAGAAAGCAAUGCAGAGAAUUCCAAAGUGACUGCUUCGUUACUGGGGAUGGAUCAUGCCCUUCUGGUCUGUCCUAGAAGCGAUAAAGAAAUGGAGGUAGAUAAAGAAACCCAGGAAAGUACUGAGGAGUUAUGUGGUAAAGAAGAAAUUGAAAGUCCAAGCUGGUCUGCAGCUAAAGCCAAGAGACAAAGCCCAGGAUCACAUGCAGCUUUCAAUAUAGAUUGUCUAGAACUAACAUUACCUCCUGAACUGGCACUCCAGCUGAAAGAGAUAUUUGGGCCUGUUGGCAUUGAUGCAGGAUCACUGACUGUUGAGGAUUGUGUGGUUCACAUUGAUCUAAAUUUGGCAAAAGUGAUUCAUGAAAAAUGGAAAGAAUCUAUUCUGAAACGUCAGAGGAGAGAUGAAUCAUGUCCUACUGUGAUUCAGCAAAUAGAUACAGAUGACUCAGAAAUGCUGCUAUCUCAGAAUGCAGAGAGUAAAAUACAGAAGAAAAAAAUGAGCUGGGCUUCAGGCACAUCUAAUGACAUACAGAUGAAAACAGCAACAUCAGACGUUUUCCCUUUUAUGGAUCACUGGAAUGCUCAGAUUCAGAAAGUUUCUCUCAGGCAGAUAAUUUCUGAAGAACUAGCUAUGCAGGAGAAACAGGACAUGAAUCGUGUUCCUUCUAUGGCUAGAAAAGACUGUGCUGCUAAACUAAAGGAGAAGCAACUUUUUGAGAUGUUUCCAACUAUUAAUCAGAGUUUCUUAAUGGAUAUCUUCAGGGACAACAACUACUCUUUAGAACAAACUGAACAGUUUCUGAACUGUGUCCUGGAGGCAGAUCCUGUAAAAACAGUUAUAGCUCAAGAAAGUGUUCAGCAAAAUGAAGUUGUUACUUCCUACAGUGCAAAGAAUCGGGAGAAGAAGGCAAAAAAAAGUAAGGAAGAGGAUGAUCCUUUGAGUGAAAUAUUUCAAGACUUUGAGUACCCACAAUAUGAUGAUUUAAGAGCAGAAGCUUUUUGUCACCAGCAAAAGAGAAAAGAAUGUUUGAAAAAGGCUGGGGAGGCCUAUCGGAUGGGUAUGAAGCCUGUGGCAGCAUUUUAUGCACAUCAGAGUCGCCUUCAUGAGCAGAAGAUGAAGGAAGCCAACCAUGCUGCUGCUGUGCAAAUCUUUGAGAGAGUAAAUACUUCACUGCUGCCUAUGAAUGUGUUGGAUUUGCAUGGUCUCCAUGUGGAUGAAGCUGUGAAUCAGUUGUCCAGAGUGCUGCAGGAAAAAAGUGAAGAGCACCAGCAGACUGGUGGUAAACCAUAUCUCACUGUCAUCACGGGAAGAGGAAGCCAUAGUCAGGGAGGAGUUGCUCGCAUCAGACCAGCAGCUAUCAGAUACCUCACAACCCACAACUUCAGGUUCACAGAAAUAAAACCAGGCUGCCUGAAAGUCAUGCUCAUUUGAGGAGUUGUGGAGAAGAGGAAUAUAGAAACUGAGGUGUUGGAUUACAGCCGGAUUGUAGAAAAAAGACCGAUGUUUUUUGAACAACUGUACUAGUAUUUUGUAAUCUGUUUUAAAGGAUGAUAUUUUAUUAGAAAUUAUUUCGAUUUACAGUAAGUGGUUUUGUCAAAAUGUUUCCAAUAAAAUUUUUGUGUGAAAUGGA